AACAGAAAACAAACAGGAGUUUGUUGUGUUCUAUAUUAGACCAUGCCAGUGAUUAACGUUCUUAUGGGUCAUAGCCAUGGAAGGAGUCAAACCAAUUAUACAGAGAAGAAAUAACAGAGUCGGUUAGGAAACUGUUAUGGAGUCCAGUUAAAUAUCUCAUCAUCACAUGAAACAUAGACAAUCCAUUAAAAAACAAUAUAACAAAAGAAAGAAAAAAUAGAAACCGUUGUUUGGUUUUAUAAAUUGGGUGGAGAGGUUUGUUGUGACGUCUCUCUAUCUCUCUCCCUACACUCCUUAACCGAAACGGCAUGCAUUUUCUUCCUUGUUGAACUUCCUUUCUCCAUUCCUUCACGACAACAUGAAAUACCUCAUCACAAUUUGUCAUUCUGAUGUUUGACCAAACCCGAAAACGGUUAAGAAUAAAGGGAUAAAAUAGUCUUUUUUCUCCUCCUUUCCUCCACAUUCUUCUCUUGUUUUUUCUUCUUCACUUUUCUGGUAUAUGAACAGGUUCUGAGUUGUGACCAGCGUUAGACCAUCAACAGUCUUUAUACCUUCCUUGACCUCUCCCUCUCUUUUUUUGUUGUCCUCUUCUUUUUAACUUCCUUUUUAUCUUGUUUUGGGUUCAUAACCCAGCAUUUGCCUUCACUCUUCAGGUCAGAGGCCAGAAAAGAAACAGGUGCAAGUCAAAGCUUGUUCCGUCAGAGAAAAACUUACAUAUGAAUAACCAAGGAAGUCAGAACGUUGCAACUUGCAAGCCCGUCACAACAUUCGUCCAUACUGACACCAAUACUUUCAGAGAAAUCGUGCAGCGCUUGACAGGUCCAACAGAGAACAACGUAGCAGCAGUAGCAGUACCAGUACCAGAAGCAACAACAACGAUAAAAACCGCCACACAGAAGAAGCCGACUUCUAAGCUCCAUGAGAGAAGGCAAUGCAUGAUGAGGCCAAAGCUUGAAAUUGUCAAACCUCCUCUGAGCUUUAAGCCCACUGGUACAACACCAUCAUCUAAAUCUGGUAAUACCAACCUUUUAACAAGUCCAGUGGGCACCCCUUCUACAUUGCUCUCUAACCUGUCCUUGAUAGAAGAAGGAGAUAAAGCAGACCAAGGUAGUUGUACGACAAACACCGAAGAAGAAGAAGAGAAAGCCAUUAAAGAAAGACGUUUCUACUUGCAUCCAUCGCCAAGGGCUAAACCAGGGUAUACAGAACCAGAGCUGCUUACUUUGUUCCCUUUAACAUCUCCCAGUUCCAGUGGCAGAUCAUAAAAAAUCCACAAGAGUAAUCCUAAGCUUGUUCUCUACCUUACUAUCCCAAAGGCCAUGUACAUGUAACAUUAUCUCAAUCACCACUUGCAACACGAUCGUUGCUAUUAGAUGAUAAUGAGCUUGUACAUGUAACAUUAUCUCAAUCAAGAUUUGUCUCUGUAACGUU